AUGGGGAAUACGGAUUUCCUGGCUCAGAGCCGGGUGGAUCAGAUAGGGGGAGGUUCCGCGGGUAUGAGGGAUACAGGGGGAGAAGUGGAAGCUGGGGAGGGAUUGGCGGAGAGUGGAUCAGCUGCGGAGAGAGGAGAGGCUGAAGAGAGGAUGGGGGAGAGAUUGGCCAGUGAGAUAGAGACGGGGAGGGAGUUGCUGGGGAAGAGGGGGGUUUCAGGUGGAGAGGGUGGGAUGAAACGAGAAGGGGGUUUGAAAAAGGGAGAGGGGGUAAGCGAAGAGGAGUUGGAGAGGAAGAGACGGAUGAGAGAGAAGAAGCGGCGGAGGGUCCAGGAGAAGAAGGAGAAAGCGAGGCAGGAACGCGUGUUGGGGGAGACCGAGGCUGCAGCUGAGGCUCGGCAUCAGGCCAUCGAAGGGCUCCUUUCAGCAGCGUUUUCCGCCCUCUGUACGCGUUUGAAGCCGCCUCAAGAUGCGUCUAUUUGUUCACAGCGGGUCCUCCCUGAAAGAGCUCUAGAGCCCGCCCUGCAACGAGAUGUGUGGCUGUCUGAGGGAUGUGAGAUGGAGGCGAGAAAGGGGAGCACAGCAACUGCAGAAGCACCAGCAGCAGCAGCAACAACUAGAUCAACAGCACCAGCGGCAGCAGUAGACUUGGUUGCCCUUGGGGAUUGUUGGCAAUCCAAACUGUGUGAAAUCACUCUCUCCCUCCCUCCCACCACUCCUCCCAACUCCCUCGCACCAACACCCAACAAUCCAAUCAACCCCCCCCGCAACACCCAAUCUUCCCACCCCUCAUCUACCCCAUACACCACGCCCACCCCACCCACUCCACUUACCGCAUCCGCCCCAUCCACCCCUCUGUUCCGUCAUCUGGUGGCGAAUCCAUCUGUGUGCCGUGAUGCCAUAGCGCGGUUGCACCUCGGCCUGCAGGAGACUGGGGAAGAUGCUCGCUUUGUCUUGCCUCCGCAGUCCUGGUUCCUCAUUUCUAGUGCUUCUGAGCUGCAGCAACUUCUGCCGUCCCUGCUGCUGCCGGCCCCAACCCCAUCAACACCAUCAGUGUCACCCCCACCACCAUCACCGCCACCACCACCACCAUCACCGCCACCACCAUCACCGCCGCAAUCCCACAACUCACACCAGCCACAUUCACAAUCACGACCACACUUUCACUCCCACAACACUCAACCUGCAUCACCCCUUCCGCGGAACCACCACCAGGAGAACAUCCCCACCCAUCACCACCCAUCUGCACCACCCACACACACCCCCCACAACGGAUACCACCUAAUCCUCAUAGAUCCCCCGUGGGAGAACAAAAGUGUGGCACGAACCAAGUCGUAUGCCACCCUCCCCAGUCGGCACCUCCUCUCCCUCCCUGUUCCUCGCCUCGCGUCGAGGGAACGUGGCGCAGUGAUGGCACUGUGGGUGACCAACAGGGAGAGGCUGAGACAGUUCGUGGAAAGAGAGCUGCUGCCCGUGUGGGGGGCGCGGCACGUGGCGACGUGGUAUUGGCUGAAGUGCUUCCUUAGCCGCCUUUCCUCUCCCUUUCGUCCCUCUUCCCUCCCUCCCCACUCCCCAUCAUCUCCCUCCCUCCAGCUCGCCACUCUCUCACCUCCCUCCCUCGUCUCCCCCCUCGCCUGCUCACACCACCGCCCAUACGAAGUGCUACUGCUGGCUCUCAUCCCUCCCAAGACCACGGAUUCACAGCUGCUGUUUACCUCAAAGGCUGCUCUUCACCUUAACGCGCCGCAAAGGGAAUGGCUAGAGCAACAAGAGUGUGGCAAGGUGGUGGGGGUAGACGGGAGGAGUCGGGGGGUUAGCGAGAGAGAAAAUGGUCAAGUGAACCAAACUGAAUGUGAAGAAGGAGAGAAGGGAGGUGCUGGGAAGGAACGGCAGGGGGGCGCUGUGGAAGGGGUUAUGAAUGGCCGUGCGGGUCCCGUCGAUUCGGACACAGAUAUGCAUAUGGGCUCAUGCACGGGUGUAAGCGAUGGCAUGGGUUUGGGCAUGGCCAUGGGCAUGGAUGCGAGUGGGGUCACCGCUCCCACGGAAACAGAGUUGCUGCAGCAGACGCUACUAGAUAACCUCGUUCUUCUCAGUGUGCCAGGAGAACAUUCGAGAAAGGUUCCUCUGAGAGGCCUGCUAGUUGCGGUCACUGCAUCCCUUUUAAACCUCUCUUCACCACACCAAACCGCGCUUCCUGCUGCACUUUUUGCCCAUGCACACGCUGUGCGGCAUGCCAGGAAGAGCCCUGGUUUCCGGGACGGUGGAAAUGAGAGCGAGGAAAUGGAGGAGAGAGAGGAGAGGGAGGAGGAGAGAGAGGAGAGGGAGGAGGAGAGUGAAGAGAGAGAGGAGAUAGAGGAGAGGGAGGAGGCGAUAGAGGAGAGGGAGGAGGUGGGGGAGGAGGGGGAGGAGGUGGGGGAGGAGGAGCAGAGGGAGGAGGUGAGGGCAGUGGAGCUGUUUGCACGAGACUUGGAGGCAGGGUGGACGUCAUGGGGCAACGAGCCCCUUAGGUUCCAGCACCACCUAUACUUCCGCUCGUGCGUGUAA